AUGGCCAACCCCAACCAAGCUCCCCCUCCAGGACCCAACCCUGGUACCAUCACAGACCCCAACUCAGGUCUCAACAUUCUUGUCCGUGACAUCGAUCUCAGCGGUCCAAUGAUCAACAGCGACGGACAAGCACAGCAGCCUCCAGCCACAGACAACAUCGAAUUCCUCGCCCACCUCACCCGUAUCUUCAACAGCAAUUCCCAGUACACCACAACCCUUGGUAAACUCCACACCUCUUCUUUGCCGUUCCAGACUUUGUAUACUAAUAUCAGCUGUUCAGGCUACACUGUCAACUUCAUCGGCGGACUCCCUCAGGGAUAUGUCCUGGAGAGCCGACCUCGUGCCCACCAAUCCUCAUCCUCAAUCACCAGAACAGAUCUCUACAUUAGAGACUUUAGAUCAGUGAUACAGUUCGCCAAGCAUGUUUAUCACAUGAUGCGCAAUGAUCUCGUCAACUGCGACUGUUCUAGCUGCUAG